GAGCUGGCUGCCGUAAAGCGAAGCUGUUAUGGUCAGACGGUGACGUUUGCAAAUCUGGCGUUUGUUCUUAUCGCGGUGUUGGAUUUAGCUUGUAGCAAAGCAAGUGUAUUCUCAGAACACGUCAACGUGUAACCAGCAGGACCGGAUAUAUAAUCGCUGAAACGCUGGACUGACACGUCAGACGGCUGUUUCGAGUCUCACGACCAUCCGAGUCGAUUAAAAUUCUUUCUCGAGGCCUAGUGGAAGAAGUGAAUCCUCGGGCUCACCUGCGCGCUCCGGCCGGGAUGACAGGACGUGCUGUCGGGGACAACUGUUGAUGUCCUACGCUAAUCUUGCCCAUAAGAGGGCAAGCACCUUAACUCAGACAGGUUGCUUAAAAACUGAUCGAUUGUCAUCUGGAAGCAUAUGCAGUUUUCUGAUGAUGUUGCCAUGCUGUUUAUGGAUGUCAGGGUUUGAAGUCACUGCUCUGACCUCUGGGUGCUGGUGAUACUUGAGACUCUAAUCAGCUCACACUUAUAAGUGAAGACGAGUCAAACCUGAUAAACAUGAACCGAUAUCUGCCUGUGGCACGGCAGCACUUUCUGACUGCUCUAGCCAGCACAAGUGUGGUGGUGAAAUGUAUAUGUGCCACAGUGUUUGUGCUUUACCUCAUCUCGUGGCUGGCGGACACACGUUUGGCUCUCGGAAUCACACCCGGAUACCUCUUUCCUCCCAACUUCUGGAUCUGGACUCUGUUGACGCAUGGCGUGGUGGAGCAGCACGUGUGGGACCUAGCACUAAAUUUGGCUACCGUGAUCAUCGCAGGGAGACUGCUGGAGCCACUAUGGGGUGCACUGGAGUUACUUAUCUUCUUUUUAGUGGUGAACUUUGCUGCUGGUUUGCUUUCAGGCCUCUCCUAUGUUCUUGCCUAUGCCAUCACUUUCGACCUAGGCUACUUGUUUGAUGUGCACAUCAGCGGCGCACCCGCGUUUCUUGGUGCCGUCCUGGUGGCUCUAAAGCAGACAUCAGGCGACACAACCGUGCUUCGAGUGCCUCAGAUUCGUCUGAAGGCAGCUCCAGCACUUGUCCUGCUAGCGUUAGCUAUCUUGCGGCUAGCUGGUCUGCUGGAUAGCUCUGCACCUUUCGUGGGCUGUAGCUAUGGUGCACUAGCAGGGUGGGUUUACUUGCGCUUCUACCAGAGGCACAGCCGUGGGCGCGGCGACAUGUCAGACCACUUUGCCUUUGCCUCCUUCUUCCCAGAGGCAAUUCAGCCUGCAGUGGGCUUAAUUGCCAGCCUGGUGCAUGCUGCCCUUGUCAAGAUCAAGGUCUGUCGCAAGAUGGUGAAGCGUUAUGAUGUCGGCGCUCCAUCAUCCAUCACCAUCAGCCUGCCUGGCACAGACCCACAAGAUGCCGAGAGGAGAAGGCAGCUGGCACUGAAAGCUCUGAACGAACGUCUCAAGCGAGUGGAGGACCAGUCCGCCUGGCCCAGCAUGGAGGACGAGGAAGACGAUGAUGAGGUUCGGACAGACGUGCCACUGCUCCCCACUUGUGACUCCUCAACGCCGGCUUCCGGCUCCACCCAGAAUUCCACAGGGCAAGAGUCGAGCAUCAUAAGCUUUGAAGACGCCGCCAUUCACUCCUAACACACACGCACACGAGUGCAGGAACCCUAGAGUUCAGCCCUCUGAAUCUGAGACACUAUCGCAACACCUGUUGCCGAGGCGGUGACGAUUUGCCCUGGAGAGUAAGACGACAUGUCGUAGGUAGUUUCUAAAUCUUGAUCAGCUCUAAUAAAUGCUCUUAAACAAACAAAAGCCUACAAGUGCACCGAUAUGUUCAGCUUUGGUGUUGUACAGAUGAACUUUCCUGAAAGUGUAUAUCUGUGGCACACAUGUUUAUAAUUUGCAAUGUACAAAUAAGACAAUGUGUAUGUGUGUUUGUACUUGUGUGUGUGUGUGUGUGCGCGCGCGCAUAAGAAUUCUGGAAAGAGUUUUUUUUUUCUGAAUAAAUGCUUCAGCUGCUGCUGGGGUUUAAUACAUAUAAUUUAAAUGAGCUGCAGGCUCUCCAGUUGGCUUAUGGGUAACUCCUAGACUUUGUCAACAAUUUUUUCCCCUGAAGCAGCAGGUUGCAAAGCAGCAGAGCUCUUUUUUUUUUUUUUUUUUAAAUGCAUACACCUUUUUGUGCAUGGAAAUCGAGUUGUGCCUGUUUCUCACUGACAGAGACGUUCAGAAAUCAUUUCAGACGUUUGCUGGUUUGCCAAAGGCAGACAGAUUUUAACAUUGUACAAGAAAUGCAAUGAUAAAACCUGAGUUGUGCUUUGUGUUAUAUAAAUGGUGGUAGAUUCUUUACAUUGAGAAAUCACAGAGGAAUUGUUUGUUUUAAUUGAGUGUUAAGUUAUUUGCUCACGUCCGUAUUCAAUUACAGUUAGCCAUAAUUAGGGAUGUCUUUUAAUUGCCAUUCCAACUACCUUCAAAUUCAUGCAAAUUUGUACAAAUCUGUAGGAUGCAAAUAUCUAGGGUUUUUUUAUUAUUAUUAUUCUUAUUUGAAAGUACUGCUCCCAGUGCAGUGUUGUGGUCCCUCACAAUCCUGAAAUGUGGAUUAUGAAGGAAAAUAAUAAGAGGGGGCUGAAUUUCCAAGUCUAUUUUGAAGCCACCAGCAAUCCAAAAGCCUUAAAUGUAGGUGCAAUGAUUGUGUCCGGAACAACUAACAAUUAAAGCAUGUUUAAUAUGGUGUGACAUGAGCAAUGAGUAAAACAUUUGCUUUUUUUAUGUCUGUGGUGUCCCCUGACUGUCUUUCUGCUUUAUCAUCCAUACAACAACAAAAAAGUCAGCUGUGUUCCAUGCACGUUUGUUCCAUGUUUGUACAAGAUGCACCGGUAGAACUCCGUUUUUACUCCGAAUCAUCCGUUUUUAUUGUGCGUGAACUCUGGUUUGUUUAAACUAAAGAUAGCAAUACAGCCACAUACUCCAGUUCUAUUGUACACACCACCUUUGUUCUCUAUCGUUAUCUAGAAAGCUUCAUGAACUAAGGAAUCACUAAGGAAUCAGUUUAUCACUUCUAUAUGCUUUUUUUUUCUGCACAAUGUAAAUCCUGAAUCAGUAAAACACACUAUAAUGCUUGAUGUGUAUUGCCUUCAUUCCCUCUGUUAAUCUCUGUGAUUUUUUUUUUUUUCUUCAGUAUUUUUUGAACACAGCAUUCAUGAUUCAUGGGGAAUGGCCUUUUGUAUGUUCAGAUGAAAGUGAACGUAUAAGACAGACAAAAAAAGAGGGGCCUGUUUUUAUAAAGCAGAUAUUUUUCUCUCUGUAGAUUUGACUGAUGUUCAGAGACAGAGGGAAAAGGAUUUGGGAACAGUUUUUAGUAGCUGGAUGAUUUGUUCACUAAUCUUUUUUUUUUUUCAUCUUUGUUCAGGUUGAGUAUUUUCUGCCAUUCAACUUUUUCCCCCUUUUCCAGCUCUAAAUCUUGAUAAUUUUCUUCACUCUUUGGCUCAAACGCCAUGUCUCCUGAGUUCCACUUUCUCUGUCUCCAAUAAAAGGGUAUAUGGAGAACA